GUGUUGCGCUCAAAAUUACUCGACAUCAUUCUAUAUCUUGUUCAAUCGCACGUGAAGGUAAAAUGGACACUACAUGUCUAUAUAUCGAGCAAAAAGAUGUUGGCAGAAUCAUUGGCAAAGGUGGUUCAAAAAUUAGGGAUCUGCAAGAUGAAAGUGGCGCUAAUAUAAAGGUGCACAGCAGAGAUGUUCAGCGAGGGGAACAAGUGAAAGUUGAGAUCACAGGGAGUCAGGACUGCCAAAUGAGAGCAAAAGAAUUGAUUGAUAAUAUUACUGAGAACAGUUAUGGAUAUGGUGACAGGCAAUACGGAGGUGAUCGAGGGGGUGGAGGAGGAGGAGGAGGAGGAGGAGGUUACAGAGAUGAUUACAGAGGUGGCGGAGGUGGCUAUGGUAGACGUGGCGGCGGAGGCGGAGGUGGAGGUGGAGGUGGAGGAAGCAGAACAUGCUACAAAUGUGGAGAGGAGGGACACAUAUCCCGAGAUUGCCCUGAUGGAGGUUCUAGAGGUGGUGGUGGAGGUGGAGGUGGAGGUGGAGGAAGUCGAUCAUGCUACAAGUGCGGCGAGGAAGGACACAUUUCACGCGACUGUCCCGACAAUGCUUAUUGAUUGUGCAGACUUUGUACAUUGAUUGGAUAAUUGGAUUUAUCAUCAAUACAAAUGAAACUCACCUACUGAUCGCUAGACUUUUAUUGUGCACUGGUUUGAUUACCAGUUUUAACAUUACUUCAGAAAAAAUUUAAAAACAAACAAAAUAAAAACAAUGUGUAUCAUGAUGAACUGAAUUUGAUUUUCUUAAGUAACUACAGUACCUGUCCCUUUAUUUGGUUCAAAAUUGGUAAGUAACGAGGCAGUAAUUUGUAAGGACAACCACUUAAUACUUGGAUCCUGGCAACAAACCAUGUUGGGAAUAUUGAAAUGGGAUUGCAUUAGUUGUGUUAACAGAUCGUCAUCCUCGGCGACAUUUGCUUUUUCAUAAUGUUUGAGACUUUUUUAAAGUAAUCCAUGUACUCUUGACGUUUUCUGCGGGUUGUAUACAGUAAUUGGAUAUGUGUUGCACCUGUGUAAUGGAACCUUGUCGAAAUUAAUGGCCUGUGUUGUGGCAAUAUGGGUUACCUAUUUACAUGUACUGGAAAUACAAAUGGCAUCUUGUGUGAAUCUGCUCUAAUUUUAAUCUAUUAAUAAUAGCAAGGCCGUUUAAAAAAUCAGUUUUCCUCCUGAGACUUGUAAUGGAACUUUUUAACAAUGCUUGAGAUCAAUGUGUAUAAAAGCUUAUUGUUUUUAUUAUUACUUUGGAAAGUUGGUACUUUUUUUAUUUAUGUGGAAUGCUCUCAAAAAUAGAUGGAAAGUAAAACCAUUUGUGACGCCCAAUAGCUGAUACGUAUUUUUGUUCUGGGGUGUCGUUAAACAUUCAUUUAUUCAUUCAUUCAUUCGAAACAGAUUUUCAUGAAGCAUAUUGUAGUAUUUUUUGCCUGCUCCAUGUUGCGAGCCUUGCAAAAUGUUGCGAGGCUUUACCAAUAGAUUUAAAAUGAAUGUAGUAGUUCACAUUUGUCACGGUGUACCUGGCUCCUACAAUGUAUUUCCACUGUUGCUCAUUUUAGGGUACACAUAAGUAAACUUUAUUUGGAAAUAAUACUUUGAGAUGUGUCCAUUAUUCUAUGUGCUGAUGAUGUAACGAUGAUUGUGGCUAACUUAACAUAACUUGAAUACAAAUGCCUGUUUAAAUAACGUGAAUACAAAUACCUGUUUAAUAAAGUUGCUUACAACCAAGGAA